AUGGCCUGUGUUCACUCAGGUGCUUCAGACCUCCAACCACCCGGAACCUCUCAGGCUGUGUACAGGGAGGAUUGCACGCAAUGUUUUGAUUCCAUUGACAACGACUCGGGACUGAAUGUAUGCCUCCACUGUUUUAAUGGUGGAUGUACCGGUGACAGGGAUCAUGCACUGCUGCACCAUCAACGUUUUGGACAUUCAUUGGCCUUGAACAUUCGCAGAACCCCAAAACGAGUUCAGAGAGAUGAGCCCCCGCCGAAGAUUUCAAAGCUUGCGAUCACCGCCGAAACAGACGAUGACCGAUAUGACAUUGUCACAUCGGUGGUAUGCUAUUCAUGUGGGAGGCACGAUGUCGAUAAAACAAUUGGGAAUCUGCCUGCUGUGAUCAACGGAAUCAUGACCGCGAUGACUUUUUCAAAACGAGAGGAGGUAAAAGCAUGGGAGCAGGAGUUUGUCCCUUGUGAACACACACUAUGUCUUACUCAGCAAGAGACAGAGAAUGCGGCAUCUAAAGAUUCUAGCAAAUGUUCUACAUGCGACUUGAAGGAGAAUCUAUGGAUUUGUUUAGAAUGUGGAAACAUAGGAUGUGGACGAAGUCAGUUUGGGGGUACACAAGGGAAUUCCCACGCCCUCGUCCACGCGGACGCUUCGACUCAUGCAGUGGCAGUCAAACUCGGUUCCAUCACUGCGGAGGGCUCCGCAGAUGUCUACUGUUAUGCAUGUAACGAAGAACGGACAGACCCAGAACUUGCAAAUCACCUCGCGCAUUGGGGAAUCUUUUUAGCCGGACGUGAAAAAACGGAGAAAAGCCUGAUGGAGAUGCAAGUUGAGCAGAACCUCCAAUGGGAGUUUUCUAUGACCACCGAGGAUGGCCGUGAACUGACCCCAAUCUUCGGUCCUGGCUUCACUGGCCUUGCUAACCUGGGAAACAGCUGUUACCUCUCCAGCAUCAUGCAAUGCAUCUUCUCUACAGCUGGUUUCCAAUCUCGUUAUUAUUGCCCAGCUGAGGAGCCACCAUUGUCCCAGGCCCCCGCGCAGGACCUUGAGACUCAAUUGAGGAAGCUGGCAGAUGGACUACUCUCGGGUCGUUACUCUCAAUCAGGUUCACGUCUUUCUCCGACUCGGAAUACACAAGAGGUUGCUCAUCAAAAGGGAUUGGCUCCGGCCAUGUUCAAAUAUCUGAUUGGCCAAGGUCAUGAAGAAUUUGCAACCAUGAGACAGCAGGAUGCAUUUGAAUUUCUUUUACACGUGUUCAAAUGUGUGAGUCUUUCAAAUCAUUCUAAUUUGCAACCCAAUCCGGUCAAGAACUUCCGAUUCGAGGUGGAACAACGCCUUCAGUGCUUGGGUUGUAAGAAAGUCCGUUACAAGGUGGAUGAGCAAGACAACAUAUCUAUUGCUGUGCCUGGGCGUCGCAUCUCGGAUGAAACAGAUGGAUUCGAGGCUGUGACCCUAUCAGAGUGCUUAGACACGUUCACUGCAGAGGAAGUCGUUGAGCUGAGCUGUCCUUCCUGUAACAGCCGUGACGGUUUCUCCAAACGGUCGUCCUUCAAGACUCUACCGCAGGAAUUGGCAAUCAAUGCUCGUCGCUUUGGGCUUGUCAACUGGGUCCCUACAAAAUUGGAUAUUCCAGUGAUUGUUGAUGACGGACCCAUCGAUUUUGGGUCUUACUUGGCUGGUGAGCAUGAUGCGAAUGAGGAGAUCCUACCAGAGACUGAGGAAGCUGUUGCUUUUGAGCCAAAUUCCGUUGCCUUGGAUCAGCUGCUGGGCAUGGGUUUCCCGACUGUGAGGUGUGAAAAGGCUCUUCAUGCGACAGGAAAUUCUGACCCCGAAGCCGCCAUGAACUGGCUGUUUUCUCAUAUGGAAGACCCGGAUAUCGAUGAACCCCUCAUCUUGAAGAAAUCUCCAGGUGGGUUGAGAGAUACGAAGCAGGAUGAGGCAAAGAUCGCACAGUUGGGGGAUAUGGGUAUCGAGGCUGCCCGAGCUCGUCGGGCCUUGUCUGCCACUGAUGGUGAUGUCAAUCGAGCUCUGGACUGGGUAUUUAGCCACCCUGAUGAGGGCUUAGAUGAUGAUGAUCAGGACGACGAUAAUGAUAUGCAAGCUCAACAAGGUUCAGCUGGGUACGAUAGCUUGCCCGCUCAGUACCAGCUACAAUCCAUUGUAUGUCACAAAGGCACAUCGGUUCAUGCAGGUCACUAUGUGGCUGUCAUUCGCAAAGUUUUACCAGGACAAUCUGGUCUUUCUUGGGUUAUGUUCAAUGAUGAAAAGGUUGUGAGGUGUGAGGACAUUGAUCAGAUGAAGAAAACCGCCUAUAUGUACUUCUUUACGCGGCUCUAG